ACAUGUCCUGGUUUAAACAUUCAGAUAUAACGUGAGUUGACGCAACGAGACAGGCGCGUAAAGCAGAACUCCUGCUACACUUUCCCACGUGUCAUGUUAAGGGCAUGGGGUGUUAAGUUAAGUUAUCGCCGUUGAUCGGAAAAUAGUUUCCUCUCACUUUCUCUCUCUACAACAAUCUUGUUUCUCUCUCUACAAUGAACAAGGAACCAGAAAUCAAGCAAGAAGACGAACCAUUCACCACCACCACCACCAGCAACAAAACCAAAACAAAACACAACGGUUUAGAUAUUCCAGUAAUCUUUCUCGAUGGUUCAGAAGAAGAAGAUGAUGAUAGUACGGAUGAAGAUGAUGAUAAUGGAGGUGGUAGUGUGAAGAGAUCUAGGGUUUUGAGUGGUGGUGAUGACGACGUGGAUAAAAAUAAUAAUAAGAAGAAGAAAGGUGGUGGUGGUGACGGUGUGAGACUUCCGUCAGGGUUUCUGGAGCCUUUGCCGGGUAAGAAGAAGGUGACGUUUGAUCGGAGUUGUAAGCAGUUUUGGAAGUCCGGUGAUUUUGAAGGGCGUUCUUCUAGAGAUUGGAGUGUAUCUUCUUCUUCAGGUGGUCUGGAUCAUUUGAGGGUUCAUCCGAGGUUUCUGCACUCCAAUGCAACUAGUCAUAAAUGGGUUCUCGGCGCUUUUGCGGAGCUUUUGGACAAUUCACUAGAUGAGAAUUGUAAUGGCGCUACAUAUGUCAAAAUUGAUAUGCUAAAGAACAAGAAAGAUAACAGCCGAAUGCUGCUGAUUGAAGAUAAUGGUGGUGGGAUGGACCCAGAUAAAAUGCGACAUUGCAUGUCGCUCGGAUAUUCUUUGAAAAGCAAGGUCAAGGAUAUGAUCGGACAAUAUGGAAACGGUUUCAAGACGAGCACCAUGAGGCUUGGAGCUGAUGUUAUUGUCUUCUCUCGAUGCUCCGGAGAAGAUGGGAAAACGUCUACACAGAGCAUUGGUCUAUUGUCCUACACGUUUCUGCGGAGCACAGGGAAGGAAGAUACAGUAGUUCCCAUGGUUGAUUAUGAAAAAAGCGGGAAAGAAUGGAAUCGAAUGAAACGAUCAUCAGCCGGUGACUGGGAUACAAAUGUCGAGACGAUCGUACAAUGGUCUCCCUUUUCAAGCGAAGCAGACCUCUUGAAACAAUUUGGUCAUAUGAAGGAUCAGGGUACGCUCAUAAUCAUUUACAAUUUAUGGGAGGAUGAUCAAGGAAAUUUAGAGCUCGAUUUUGAUGCCGAUAAACAUGAUAUUCAGAUACGAGGUGUUAAUCGAGAUGAGAAAAAUAUAGAAAUGGCAGAACAACAUCCCAACUCUAGACACUACUUGACAUAUCGUCACUCACUCAGGAGUUACGCAUCGAUUCUCUAUCUACGAGUUCCUCAUAAUUUCCGGAUGAUUCUUCGUGGGAAGGAUGUGGAGCAUCAUAAUAUAGUAAAUGAUAUGAUGAUGACAAAUGUGAUCAAAUAUCGCCCCCAACCCGGUGUCGAAGGGCUCCCCAAGGAUUCAAAUAUUGUUGCGGUAGUUACUGUGGGAUUUGUAAAGGAUGCGGCAGCUCAUAUAGAUGUACAGGGGUUCAAUGUUUAUCAUAAAAAUAGACUCAUCAAGCCAUUUUGGAGACUCUGGAAUGCUGCAGGAAGUGACGGUCGUGGGGUCAUAGGUGUAUUGGAAGCUAAUUUUGUCGAACCAGCUCAUGACAAACAAGGGUUUGAGCGUACCACUGUUCUUCAAAGACUUGAAACACGUCUUGUUCAAAUGCAGAAGUCAUACUGGUCUACAUACUGUCACAAAAUCGGCUACGCUCCGAGACGCCAUGGGAAAAGUUCCGAGGGCAGAGAACCUUCUCCUGAUUACGAGCCCGGACCUUCAGUACGGAAAAGUCAAAGGACGAGACCCGCUCCACCGUUGAACAACAAAGCCUCUACACAAAAACCGCACAAAGAGGCGGUAACAACCAAACCGAACCGGCAUCCUACUGCAGCCACUAACGGUAAUAUCAAUAUCGGAGAAAAGGGGGAUAAAUCAAACAAAGUUUCCGGUGUAGGUGCAAGCUCUACAGAGUCAACGUCACCUUUGACUGAAAAUGAAAAUACCCGUGACGAGUUACAAACUAUGGUGAAUAAACAACUUGCAAAUGGUCGGAAAACUCGUCUACUUUCAAAUUCAGAGGUCAGAAAUCUUGGGAUUUCCCCAACUGUAAAAGCCGUGCCAGCUGUCGACCCACCUCACACGGCGUCUCCUGGUGCUAAUGGGAACGAAACCGUUCCUACAAAUUCUAGCAAUCCCAGUUUAGAGCGACUAACGGAAGAGAAUCGUGACUUGAAGAAAAGAUUGACAAGGAGCGAAGAAGAGAUAUUAGGUGAUCUGAUGCAGGAUCUAAAAUCUGAAAAAAACCGCUGCAAAGAACUUGAAGCUCAGCUAGAGGAGGAGAAACAGAAAUACGAUGUUUUAAAGAAGGAGCAAGAUAGUAUGAUCGCGAUAUUUUCAGAGGAAAAAGAGCAUAGCGCCGCUGAGGUGGAAACUCUAAAAAAGAAAUUGAAGGAAGCAGAAAGUACAAAUAAAGAUUUGAUGGAAAAGGUGGCACAGUUGCAGUUGGAGAAAAUGAAAAGGAUGAGGCACAAGUGAGGUCAGUAGGAGCAAUGUAUAUGUUAGGGUAUAUUAUAGAACAAAUUAUUAUUUUGGGUUUAAUUUGAGGUUUAUCUUGUUAGGUUUAAUUAGUUAUGUUAAUAUCGGCCAUAUUAUGUUCAUGUUUGGUAUUUGGUAAGCAGGAAUGAAAAGACUCAACUCAUGUGAAUGUGAUGGAAUUAAAAAAAUAUAUAUUUUGUGGGUAUGGGAUUACGUGAUAUCCGGCCCGAUUACUUGAAA